CUGAUGCAUAGCCCCCGCCUUUCAGAGUUUCCCCUCCAUGGUCGCCCAUUUUAAUGGUUUCUGUUCUCAUCCAUCCUCCGGAAUCCGUCACUUUCAUCGCUUCAAAUUUUGCUGCUCGAGUAAGGAUAUCACCUCGUAUCUAUCCAUGUGCAUAAGUUUCAUCAGGCCUCAGUCCGAACGAGCUCUACAAUGUCUACGACUGGAGAUGCAUCUCACGAAAAUGGCAACAACUCUAGCCAACACGCUGAUUCUGAACGGAACGACAACUCCUCUCUGCUCUUCCCAACCCCGCCUCUGGACACUGUGAACACACCUAACCCCGAACGAGCCUCAGGCUUUACUGAUGCCAGUCUUUGGUCCGCAGAUCACCUCACAUCGUCGGAGAAUCCCCCUUUGACACAACCUACGGCUGCUAGGAACAAGCAUGUCCAGCUUGGCCGUGAUGGUGAGAUUCAAGAAAACCCCUUACCUGGACUUGCCUGUCCGUUUUACAAGUACGAUCCGAUAAAGUUCGGCUCAAGAUACAGUUGCUCAAAUGGGAGCUGGCCGGCUGUGCAUCGAGUGAAGGAACACAUAUACAGAGUGCACUGCUCUGAACAGUGCAUGCGAUGCUUGGAGCCGUUUCGAACUGAAGAGGAGUUGAUGAAGCACUACAACCCUAAAGAGAUGUGCAUCGAACGACUCCACGGGAAUGUAAUGAUUUCAUAAAUCCCCAUACCAAUAGGGAAUUGAAGAAGAGACACUAUCCAGCACCAGGUCAAAAUAUUUCUGAAUUCCGAUUGGAAUCAUGGUUCCGAAUGUGGGACAUUAUAUUUCCAGGCCAGGCGAGGCCGGCCACCGCGACAUUGGAUGAUCUACCUCCGCUGGAGACUACAAGAGCCUCACGACCGCUCGGACGCAAGCCUGUGACAGAGGACAGGCUACCAAAAGACCCUUCUAGAGUUCGCGCAGACUCACCACACGCCAUCAUCGAAGGAAGCUCUACCGGCCGCACGAAGUCGAGUCCCGCGCGAGAGAUUGAUCCCUCCUGGUUCGGAAUUCCAUAUUCCAUGUUGGCUCCACCUACAGCUCCCACUACAUUUGGCGCAGAUUCGGGCUAUGCCUCACUCGGAGGGAAACUUACUCUCCACGAGAAGAUGAGCCUCAUGAGAGAGACCGAUAUAGGGUUUGAGGCAGCCCAAGAUAUUGCGUUGGCAGACGAACUGGAAGAUGAUAUACAGACUCAGUUCUCCCAAACGUCAAGCUUCUGGCGACAUCCGGGGAUGGAAAGCUACAUAUCCACCUUCGCCAAGGAAUUGACUGACCUGUUUACUUCUCCUUAUAUCUUGGAAGGUCACGGUCAAGUUUUACAAGCUCUUCCAGAGGUAUUGAAGUCGUUUGCUGUGAGAAUUGGACAUGAGAGAGGUGACCGCAUCGGCAAGGAGGUUAUGAUGACCAUUUAUAAGUUCAGACACGAUAUUGUUGCGGAACUUCGACAAAACCUUGGGCAAAUGAAUCGAGAAGAGUUUGAAUGCAGAGAUGCCGAUGUCCUGUCAAAUUCGGCCUCCGAGUCUGAGGACGAAAUCAUUCGCACCCCCAAAGCCCCGGGGAUGACUCUAAAAGAAAAGAUGUAUCUGUUCGAUAAGGAAAAUAAUCACGCGAAGGGGACCGAAGAUGAUUGGGCUGAGUCGAACGAAAUCCCAAUUCAUUACGACAUGCUUAUCAACUCUACAGCUUACCAAUGGUUACAAACAUCCGUGCAGUUAUUAGAGAAACUCGAAAUUCCUGGACCCGCAGCAGAUAACGGCCGGAUCGGUGACCAGAUUUUCCAAACCAUACGCCGUGCGACUAAAAUCAGCCGCCACCGUGUGCAGGAGUGUGAAAUAAAUAUACUCAUGCAUUGGGAUCCAAUAGGAUUCUGUGAAGAACAAUUGUACGACAAGAACAUCAAAGAUGCAAUUGCAAAUGCUGUUACCCUUACGGGGUACGGCGAUUGCGUUCAAGCAAUGACGACUGCGGAAUACCUUCAACAAACCUGGCCGCAGACUGGACUAGGAGUUUUGGCUGUCCUCCAAAAUGCGGUUUCUGAUUUCCUCACUACGUUCCAUCCACCCAAAGCGUAUUUGUCAUACCAAGGAGGCUGGGCGACAGCAACAUUGUCGGGUGGAACAAACUUGUCGCUCCGUAUUGGAAGUUCUCGGUGCACUGAGGCCUGUAUAAGAGGCAACGCAUUCGCAGUAGCCGAGCUGGCGGAACAGUUGACAUGGAUAGGAGCUGCGCUUCAAUCGUCCUCUCAUGAUUAUCUGCCAGCACACAGCUAUGCUAAGCUUGUCCGCAUGCCAUCGUUUGAUGAAGGGGAAACAGAUAAUGAUAGCAUCCGGCGGUCUUUCGAUCUUUCCUACGAGACCGUGGCCAUCCAAGAUAUUGAGGAUAGCAAGCCUGACGCCAUCUCAUCUCACGGCAGCUGUUGGCGAGGAAUGUUCAGGAACCCUGUAAUCGCCACAGGCUUUCCUAUCCCCCGUCGGCCACCCGGCAUCACCAAAAACAGUGGGAUGGAAAUGUCUUUGGGGCUCGUGGCGCUGCUCACAAACUGCCGACAGGUAGUUCCCUUUUCCGGGACUACUUUCCUUAAAGGGUUUUCUGCGAUGUUGGCAGCCGUCAAGAUCGUCGGCGACACGGUACUUUGGCACCUAUGUUACGACCCAAAAGGCAAAUAUCUAUCAUACGAGGAUUCUCGUAUUGAUCGUUCUAAGGUGCAUGAGGACUCGCCACAAAUUCCCCUUACUGUUAUACAGCACAAACAUGAUAUUGUUGGCUGGACAGACAAAGUUCAAAACCUGGCAGGCAAGUUCCGUUCUCGCGUCGCCAAUUACGAAAUCAAACGCACCCGUCUUCCUCCUCCCGACUCUUCAUGCAUUUUUGAAAAAAUCAAUAUUGUCGGCUCCUUCGUUCCAUUCAUCACCCCGGAAGCCACGGUUGCGGUUGGCGUAAAAGACAAACCGCUUCAUUUUGGAUUCAACGGUCCCAACUCCAAUUAUACAGGGUUGUUAACAGCCUUGGAAACACAAAACUUCGUCUUGUAUGAUACCGCGGAAAGACGAGCAUGGCUUGUCAAUGGCCUCAGCACAGUGUUGCAUCUGCUUCGAACCUACCUACUUUUUUUAUCUGAUAGCCGCGGGGCACGCUUCUUCAACAAAAACAUCAAAAACAUCGCAGAGCAAAUAGAGGAGGCUCAGGAUCCUACCGUAGCCUACACAGGGGUAGUGGCAGCAUGGGCCGUACUUGCUAAUGAAAAGAAUCAGAAUCUUGCCCUUUUCUCCAACUCGACCAAACGCUCGGAAGAAAAAACCACAACCCUGAGUGCGAUGUCCCAGGUUAGUGUUACUGUAAUUAAGGAAACAGAUUCAAACUUCAUCCUCGGCGAGCGUGUGGAGCAGCUCGCUCUUCUUUUAUUACAGAUUGUGGCAUACCACAAAGAUCGUCACGUCCAAUCAGGGAUCCGUUUCCGGCCCAAAAAAGGGCUGCGGCAUCAACUCGAAGGAUUUGACUUCCGGGAUGUUGCAACUAAACAAGACACCAUAAGCCCCAAGGUUGCGACUUUGAAAUGCAGGGGAUGGACCGACUUUGCCAAUACCAUUCAUGCAGUGCCUCUUUUUGGCGUCGGAUUUGGCGAGCUGUUGAAGCCAGUGACAACAGAGGGCUCGGCGGCGUGCUGCAUCUCAACCAAGUCCGUCCCUGCAGGAAGUGACUUUCUCGCUGCCUACGGAGCUGAUCUCCACGCUCUUAGGAAGGAAUUGGAGAUGGAACCGCAGGAAAAUCCAUGGGAGAUUGCAGUAGACACAUAUUGGCAUUCGCCAGAGGGCGUGGCUUUCACCUCUUGUGUUUGCAAAAAUCAAACGACACAAAUGCAUGCAAACCAGCGCACCGCAAUCACAUCAGGAAUAAUCAAGGGGAUGGACGUUGCUAUCAACGGUCUCUUCCGUCGCCGGGCAAACAACCCUGCCGACCGAGCACAAGUCCUCCUGCCGGCCACCUUCAAGCGUUUGUUCACUCCAGGUCUGACAAGUCCAUCUCACAUUGUGCUCACCGGCGCAGUCAUCUUUGGGCAUAGUUGGAAGUUUCCACUCCGAUGGGAACGCCAAAGGGACUCCCCACCAAAUUAUGGCGAGCCAGACUUCGCCGAUGAGGAUGAUGGCCUGGAGAUAGCAGCCACUCUGGUGGACAGAGGGAUCGGGGCGGGCGUCAGCUCUUCUUCGAGCGCCGACUUAUUGUCUCCCGACGGUAGCAGCAUCGGAGGCAACGCGAGCUCUUCUCCCUCGUCAGCGCCCACCUCACUGUACUCAAUGAAACAAAAUCCAAUUUUUUCCGUGGAUGGGAAUUCGUAUCCUUCGAGUACGAUUUCAUCGGCUGGUCAAAGAGCCGACCCGGUAUCGUCGCCGAAGCGAUCGCUUGGUGAGUCUCAGACAGGAGACGCGGAAAACGAGGUUGCCGACUCUCGGAAACUUCGGCGGGUCAGCCGCGGACUUGGACGAAAAGAUCCAGAUGCGCCGGAGUCCGAAUGAAAAGGUAUGUUUCCUAUUGUCCUGUGGUUUUUUGCGGCGGACUUUAUUGGCCAUUCAAGCCAUGUGGUUGCAUGAUCGACACGGGAGCUGUUACAAAAGGGUUGGGGGUUAUCGUCAUGAAGAUUAACAGCAUUCCUUGAGUACGACUCUCAUAGGCAGUCUUGAUAGAGCUUUAUAUCGUAUUCGCAAUAACACCGACCCGCAAUGUUACUUAGUGUAUGCUGAGGUGGUGAUAUCACGGAAAUCAGUAGACUUUCGCAGGCGCAGUUUACCCCUCACACAUGAAAAACCUCAGCUCGUAGUAACCACAUGCUUCGUAGAAAAAGUUACAACUUUUGCCAGCAUCAUCUUUGACUAUGCCGGUCGGGCAGAUUGAUUCACAAAAUAGAACUAUACCAUGGUCUUGUUGUAUUCAAGAGGG